CUCCAUUAGGGUUUCAUUAUUCUCUCCACCUUCCACCGCAUUUCUCCGAUACCCUCUCCCCGCUUCCGGCCGAAUUUACAUCAACUGUUUGGAUCUAAUUCGUUUGGAUUUUGGGGGGGUUCUGAUUAUUAUUUUUGUCUUUUUAUUUGGAAAUUUCGGUGUGAGGAUGCCCGCAACGGAUUACCAGGGGACGUCGUCGGCGCCGUUUUCGAAUUUCGGGCGUUCUAUUCUGAGUCUGCGACGGGAUCAGGUGCACGCGAUGGAAGGAGCUCAUGACGGGGGUGUACAGGUCGACGAGCUGGAGGCCUUUCAGAGGCAGGUUGCUGACCUGUUUCUAAAUUUGUCCUCGGCGUCGGCGAGUGAAGAGCUGCUUUCACUCGCCUGGGUUCGGAAAUUGCUUGAUUCGUUCCUCUGCUGCCAGGAGGCUUUCAGGGCUAUUCUCUACAACAACAGCGCUCAGGUUCUGAGACCUCCCAUGGACAGGUUGAUUGGGGAAUUCUAUGAGCGUAGCGUCAAAGCUCUGGAUGUUUGCAAUGCUAUCCGUGAUGGAAUCGAACAGAUCAGGCAAUGGGAGAAGCUGCUUGAGAUUGUGCUCUGUGCUCUGGAUAAUAAUGAUCAGAGGGCCUUGGGUGAAGGGCAGUUUCGCAGGGCAAAGAAGGCACUGAUUGAUUUGGCAAUUGGGAUGCUUGACGAGAAGGAUUCUGGUCAGACUUUGGCUCAUAGGAAUCGUUCCUUUGGUCGCAACAGUAAUAGCAGCCAUGCCUCCCGGGAUCACCAUCAUCGUUCCCUGGGACAUUUUAGAUCCUUGUCAUGGAGUGUCUCGAGGUCGUGGUCUGCCGCUAGGCAGCUGCAAGCCAUUGGGAGUAACCUCGCUGCACCUCGAGGGAAUGAGAUUUUGGCCACAAAUGGGCUGGCAGCCCCUGUUUAUACCAUGGGUUCCGUUUUGUUGUUUGUAAUGUGGGCCAUGGUGGCUGCAAUUCCAUGCCAGGACCGUGGUUUGCAGGUUCAUUUCAAUAUUCCCAGGCAAUUUGUUUGGGCAGCACCAUUGCUUUCUCUGCACGAUAGGAUUGUGGAAGAGUCAAAGAAGCGGGACAGGAAAAAUGCUUGUGGUUUGUUGAAGGAAAUUUAUCAGAUGGAGAAGUGCUCGAGAUUGCUGAGUGAGUUGGCUGAUUCUGUGCAGUUCCCUUUAACAGAGGAGAAGGAGGCAGAGGUCAGGCAAAGAGUGAAGGAACUGGCACAGGUGUGUGAGACGAUAAAGGAAGGUUUAGACCCAUUGGAAAGGCAAGUCAGGGAGCUUUUCCAUCGGAUUGUGCGGAGCCGAACUGAGGGGCUUGACUCUUUGGGAAGGGGACACCAUCCGGAGUAACCGUCUGUCUGCUGAUCUAUGGUGGGUGUCAAACGUCAAACUUGAAAAAUGUUGAUUUUAGCGUCUGGGAUUUUGAGGAAGACAAGAUUAGAAGAAGGAUGUCCAUGUGGAGUAAGGGAAGAAGAAUGUUGAGGCAUACGCCCGAAAUAAAAGGGUAAGGAAGAGGGAUUUUCUUGUAUUUAUCACCAUAUAUUGUGUAAAGAUAGCAUAUGAAGCUGGACCUUUUCGUCCUCUUGCUGAUGUCCAGCAUUUGUGUGGUUAUUGUAUAAUCGAAUUUCUGAGUAAAUUGCAUCGGAGUUCUGUAGCUGAUUUCAUGUAAUUGCAGAUUUCUUUGAUAACUGCCCCAACUUUGUUCGGAUUUUGGAGUCAUUCUUCUUGAGCCUUGAAAUCCAGUGUAAAUUUCUUUUUGAAGCCAAGCUGUUGCUAACAUAUUAGUUUGCUUGUGCAAUGAUAUCUGGUGUUCUUUUAUUUUCUAUUCAAGUCCAUAUUUGAUUGAAAAUACUUGGAAGCUAUGAUUGCGUGGUUAUUUUUCAAGUAAAAUGUAUUUUUAUCCUUACUCGGAUACACUCCCAUCAUUUACUCCAUCAAGUUCAGCAAUCUCCAUGAGAAAUUUUGUUCUUGCCUUCUUGCACGGUCUAGGUGAGCAUAACUCUGUUUAUUGGGACUUUGGUGGAAUUUAUUCACCUUUCUUCUCUCUCUGUGUUUUCUCAGGAAUAUUGAUUUUGCUAGUGAGUGCUUCAAUUUUUUGGCAAUCUAGGGAAUGAUUCAUUGGGGUGCAAACAGUUUGGAUCCUCAUUUGUGCUCUGCAUGAAAUGAAGUGUUAUCCUUGCU